UCCCGCCAGGCGCCAGCCACGUUGGACGUGGGGCUGCCCCGAGGAAAGGCCACUCCCUGGCCCCAUAAUGCACUGCGGGCGCGUCAUUUGGAGCGGCGGGUCUCGGCUCGGCAGGUCUUCUCUGCUGGUUGAAAUGUCUAUGAUUUUAUCCGCAUCAGUCAUUCGUGUCAGGGAUGGACUGCCACUUUCUGCUUCUACUGAUUAUGAACAAGGCACAGGCGUGCAGGAGUGCAGGAAGUAUUUUAAAAUGCUCUCGAAGAAACUGGCUCAGCUUCCUGAUAGAUGUACACUGAAAACUGGACAUUAUAACAUUAAUUUUAUUAGCUCUCUGGGAGUGAGCUACAUGAUGUUGUGCACUGAAAAUUACCCAAAUGUUCUGGCCUUCUCUUUCCUGGAUGAGCUUCAGAAGGAGUUCAUUACUACUUAUAACAUGAUGAAGACAAAUACUGCUGUCAGACCAUACUGUUUCAUUGAAUUUGAUAACUUCAUUCAGAGGACCAAGCAGCGAUAUAAUAAUCCCAGGUCUCUUUCAACAAAGAUAAAUCUGUCUGACAUGCAGAUGGAAAUCAAGCUGAGGCCCCCUUAUCAAAUAUCCAUGUGUGAACUGGGGUCAGCCAAUGGAGUCACAUCUGCAUUUUCUGUUGACUAUAAAGGUGCUGGUAAGAUUUCUUCUGCUCACCAGCGACUAGAACCAGCAACUUUGUCAGCAAUUGUGGCAUUUAUCCUCAGUCUUUUAUGUGGAGCUCUGAAUUUAAUUCGAGGUUUUCAUGCCAUAGAAAGUCUUUUGCAGGCACAGUGUCCCUUGGUGUUCCUGCCCCUGUUCCCUAGCCAGGUCAGCUUUAUUCCAGCAGGAGUUCAAUUUUGAGCCAGUUAGACAGCCUGCCAAAAAGAAACAAAGGCAAUUUGGAGACCACUGACUGAAAAAGUUAAUAAAUAAGAUAUUCUCUCCCCUCACCACCUUUUUUUUUUAAACUUGUUGUAGUGGAAAGAACAGUAGUGUGGGUGUGUGAAUAGUUAGUUUUUAUUUGUGGAGCAAAGAGAGUGUUGGUUCCAGUUCAGCUCCUGAUUAGCUCUAUGACCUUGAAUAGUUCACUUUGGUUUCUGGUCUUCAGUUUCAUUACUUAUAAAUGAAGGAGAAGGUUGGAUUUGAUGAGUAUUUCUCAAAGUAUGGAGCACAUUUAUCACAGGUUGCAUAGUAGAUGACUUUAGGUGGUAGAGGGAUGAAUGUUUUUAAUUUUAAGAGUUAUGUAUUUAAUGUAUAUUAAUGUAUAAUAACUGUAUUUGGUAAGAGAUAGUAUCUGUUAAUGAUAGAGAUAUAAAAUUUUUUUAUGUUUGUUUAUUUUGGGGGGAGGAGGGGCAGAGAUAGGGAGACAGAGGAUCCGAAGCAGUCUGCCCCCUGUUAGUGCAAAGCCCAACGUGGGGUUCAAACCCUCAAAUUGUAAGAUCAUGACCUGAGCUGAAGUCGGAUGCUCAACUGACUGAGCCACCUAGGCACCCCUAAUAUUUUCUUUUUAAAAUAAUUUUAAUAAAAUGCCAACUUUAUGCAUUUUAUUAAGUAAAUAGUGGUAUAAUUAGUAUUUAUAGUUGGCAAAAAUUGUGAAGAUGGUUUUCUGUGGUUAAAAAAAAAUUCUCAGGUUGUUUGAAAGUAGCAAAUUAGUAAGGGGAGGGGGCAGAUCUGGGUAGAGAAGUUUUUGUGCUAUAGAGCCGUACCAUCCCUGACUCAGAAGACAGUGUACAAGUGUGAAACCUGGACCUUAGACCCUCCUUACUUUUAAAAGUCAGGCAAGGUUGUUGUAUCUCACAAAACCUAUUAAAGAAAGUAAUUUCUGGGGUGCCUGGGUGGCUCAGUCACACAUUCGACUCUUGAUUUAGGCCCGGGUCAUGAUGUCACAGUCAUGGGAUCGAGCCCUGUGUCAGACUCUGUGCUGAAUGAACGUGGAGCCUGCUUGGGGUUCUGUCUCUCCCUCUCUCUGCCUCUUUCUCUCACUCUCUCAAAAUAAGUAAACAUUUUAAAAAAUAGCUUCUUUCAGGCACUUAGGUAUCUUAUCCCUCAAUUUCCUGAUUCUUUCCUCCCUCUUCUGAUUACUAACUUCAAAGCUAAGGAAAGUAGUAUAAACUACAGCUUUUGAUGCUUUUGAGCUGCUACAGCUGACUCAUGCCUGCCUUGAUGCCUAAGUAUUCCAUGUUUUCCCUCUGACCAGUAAUGUCUUUGCCUCAUUGCAGUUGUUUAGGGUUCAGAAGAACAAUAAUCUGAUUAAAUGGAUUAUUACGUGUAACUGGCUGAUAGCUCUGAGAUUACUCAGCCUGUUUACACUUUAAAAAGACAUUACAGACCAAUGUAACUCACGAACACAGAAAACUCCUCAACAAGAUAUUAACAAAUUGAAUCCGAUGAUAUAUAAAAAGAAUCAUACCACAGCUGAGUGGAUUUAUUCCAGGUAUGCAAGGCUGGUGCAACAUUCGACAGUUAAUAUAAUCUGUCACAUCAACAGGCUAAAGAAGAAAAAUCAUAGGAUCGUGUCUUGGAUACAGAAAAAGCAUGUGACAAAAUCCAAUACCUAUUCAUGAACUCACCACAAGCUAGGUAUGAAGGGGAACUUCCUCAACUUGAUAAAGAACAUCUACAGAAACUCUACAGCUAACACCAUACUUGAUGAGAAACUAGAUGCUUUGUCCCUAAGAUCAGGAACAAGACAAGGAUGUCCUCUCUAACCAUUCCUAUUCAACAUCGUACUGGGAAACCUAGUUAAUGCAGUAAGACAAGAAAACAGAAGGCAUACAGAUUGGGAAAGAAGGAGUACAACUGUCUUUAUUCACAGAUGUUCUGAUUAUCUAUGUAGACAAUCCCGAAGAACUGACAAAUUCCUAGAAUUCAUAAAUGAUAUAGCACAGUUAUUGGUUCCAAAGUUAAUAUAUAAAAGUCAAUUACUUUCCUACGUACCAGCAAGGAACAGUUGAAAUUUGAAAUUUAAAAAACAAUACCAUUUAUAUUGGCACCCCCCAAAAUGAGGCGCUUAAGAAUAAAUCUGACAAAACAUAUAUAAGAUCUGUGUGAGAAAAACUAUAAAACUGUGAUAAAAGAGAUCAAAGAAGAUCUGAAUAAAUCUUCUGAAUUAUCUGAAUAAAUGGAGUGACAUUCCAUUUAUAGUGACAUUCCAUGUUCAUGAGUGGGAAGAUUCGUUAUUAAGAUGUCAGUUCUUCCUAACUUGAUCUAUAGAUUCAGCACAAUCCCAAUCAAAAUCCCAGCUAGUUAUUUUGUAGAUACUGACAAAGUGAUCCUAGUAAGGACAGGUAAAAGCCAACACAAUACUGAGAAAAAGGAAAUCAAAGGACUGACACUACCCAACUUCAAGAUUUACUGUUAAGCUAUAAUAAUUAAGACAGUGUGGUGUUGGCAAAACAAUAGACAAAUGGAUCAAUAGAACAAAAUAGCUCAGAAACAUACCCAUAAAAGUAUAGUCAACUGAUCUUUGACAAAGGAACAAAAGCAAUUCAGUGGAGAAAGAAUAAUAUUUCAACAAAUGGUGCUGAAACAGACAUCCACAUGCAAAAAAAAAAAAAAAAAUCUGGAGACAGAUUUUACACCUUGAAUUAAACAACUUAACUCAAAAUGGAUCACAGACCUAAAUGUAAGGUACAAAACUUUUAAAAGAUAUCAGGAGAAAACCUGGAUGACCUUGGGUUUGGUAAUGACUUUUUAUAUACAACAUCAAAAGCAUGACCCAUGAAAGUUUAAAAAGUUUUGUCCCGUGAAGGACAUUAAGAGAAUGAGAAGAUAAGCCACAGGCUAGGAGAAAAUGUUUGCAGGACACAUCUGACAAAUGGCUUGUAUCCAAAACAUACAAAGAACUCUUAAAACUUAAAGUAAACAAUGCAAUUAAAAAUUGGGCAAAAGAACUGAACAGGCACCCCACCAAAGUAGAUAUCCAGGUGGAAAAAAAGCAUAUGAAAAGAUGUCCAACAUCAUAUGUCACUAAGGAAUUGCAAAUUAAAACAACAAUAAGAAACUACUAAACUAUUAGAAUGGCAAAACAAAACAAAACACUGGCAGUACUGAAUGUUAGUGAAGAUAUGUAACAAUAUGAAGUCUUCAUUCGUUGCUGGUGGUAGUGCAAAAUGGCAGUCAUUUUGGAAGACAGUUUGGCUGUUUCUCACAAAGCUAAGCAUAGCCUUACUAUAUGAUCCAGCAAUCAUACUCCUAUGUAUAUUUACCCAAAUGAAUAGAAAACUUAUAUCUACCAAAAACCUGCACAUGAAUGUUUAUAUCCUAAUUUCAAAAAACCAGAAGCAAUUAAGAUGUCCUUCAAAAGGUGAAAGAAUAAACAAUCUGUACAAUGGAGUGUUAUUCAGUGAGAAAAAGAAAUAAGUUCUUAAGCCACAAAAAGACCUGGCUAAACCUGGGGUGCCUGGGUGGCUCAGUUGGUUAAGCAUCCAACUUCGGCUCAGGUCAUGAUCUCACAGUUCGUGAGCCCCGCAUUGGGCUCUGUGCUGACAGCUCGGAGCCUGGAGCCUGCUUCAGAUUCUGUGUCUCCAUUUCAAUCUGCCUCUCUCCUGUUCAUUCUCUGUCUCUGUCUCUCUCAAAAUAAAGACAUUUUAAAAAAUUAAAAAAAAAAACAUGGCUAAACCUUAAAUGCCUGAUGCUUAAUGCAAGAGGCCAGUCUGAGGAAACUACAUAGUUACAUGAUUCCAAUUAUUAUGACAUUCUGGGAAAGGCAAAACUAUAGAAACAGUAAGUGAAAGGAUUAGUGGUUGCCAGGGGUUUAGAGGGAGGUAGGAAGGGAUGAACAGUUGGGACAUGGGAUUUUUAGGGCAGUGAAACUAUUCUGUAUGUUAAUGUAAAGGUGAUUAUUUCAUUAUACAUUUGUCAAAACCCAAAGAAUGUAGAACACAAAGAGUGAACCCUAAUGUAAACUGUGGACUUUGGUUAAUGAUAAUGUGUCGCUGUUGGCUCAUCAGUUGUAACAAAUAUACCACAUUAAUGUAAGAUGUUAAUGAGAAAAUGGUGAACAGGGGAAAGAGCCGGGUAUAUGGGAACUCUUUGUAGUACACUUUCUGCUUAAUUUUCUGUAAACCUAUUCUAAAGAUAAAAAUCUAUUAAUUUAAACACACACGCAUACACACCAACAUUAAAACAAAGACCAGAAAGGGAGGAGCAUUCUCUGGGCUUUAAUUUUCAUCAGGUGCAGCUCCACUUAGUAGUUAAAAGUAUAGCUUGUUGCACCCAGCCAACUCUUAGGGAAUGGUGGAUCGGCUUUCUCUUCUCAUGAAGGAGCUGAGCCUUGUCCUUCACACAGGCAAGGAGGGGAUGUCAGGGUCCCAGCCAGAGUGGAAUGUGUCCAGGAAUGUGAUUCAUGUUUUAAGGUCAAAUGUACAACUUUUUGCCCUCAGAAUAGUGGCCAUUUUGAGAGAGCUAGAGACCCUCUGAUCCUGUGCCCACCAGUCCCUCUCAGCUCAGCCCCAAGUACUCCCACCAAAGAUGGCCUGGAAAAAUAACAAUAUCUUUUAAUCUGCAUUUCUUUGCAUAAAGAAACUCUGGAAUGAUAAACUUACAAAUGCAGUAGGAACUGGAUAGAUGGGAAGCAGGGUAGGAAUGAGACUCUUCAUAAUAUAUACCUUUGGUUAUAUUAUUUUUACUUUUUGAACCAUACUUGUUCAGAUUUUAAGUAAUCAAAAUGAAUAUUUAUUAGCACCUGUUAUUUAAACUUGAAAAAAAGGCAACAACUUCUUUUUUAAUGUUACUUAUUUUUAGAGAGAGAGAGAUGGUGCACACAUGUGCGUGGGGGAGAGGAGAGGGAGAGAGAAUCCCUAGCUGGCUCCACACUGUCAGCACAGAGCCAGAUACAGGGCUUGAUCUCACGAACUGUGAAAUCAUGACCUGAGCCAAAACUGAGUCAGAUGCUUAACCGACUGAGCUAACCAGGUGCCCCCCAAAAAAGACAACUUCUGUUAACCCAACUUAAUAGGAGGAUUUUCAAGUAACAUUUCAGUAGAGUAAAGGCAACUAUUUUUAUGGGGGUUGAAAGGAGCCUGAGCAUUUUCCCUGGGUUUUUAUAGUUUCUUACUGCCUCUACGAAUCCACAGUUUGCCUAGAAGCUUCAAGUUGUUUGUCUUAAACAGUUCCUUAAGACUGUGAUGCUGGAGUGUGAGGAAGCAUGGGAUAAAUUACAAGUAGGGACAAAGAGAGCUUUUUUACCAGAUCAUUUUAUAAUUUGGGGACUCAGUAGAUGCUUGUAUCUUUGAGAUGUGUCUUUCUAAUGAUUGAUACGGAAUUCUUUCCUUUUCCAUUGUUGUCCUAGACUAAAUUUAUUCCAAACAAUGUUUCCUUCUUACCUGAUAUAAGGAACUUUAAAUUGGUCCAUAUGGGAUUUUUAGCUGCCUAGAAAGUGUGGACACCUGGUUAUUUUGUUCUUUUAGGAAUGUUUUAAAUCUUUUUUCUGCCAUAGACACCUGAUGUACUCCACAUACACUUAUCAAUAAUUGAGGUUUCUAAAACAGGGAUGCUCAGAGAAAAGAACAAGGAAACAGAAUGCAGAGUUGUGAGGUAGUUCAUGGUAGUUUGUCACUCAUAAGUAGUUUAAAAGGAUUUUCUAGCAAAUUCUGAUCUCACAUAAAUCAGACACUGCUUUUGGAAAUUCAUUGGACCAAAAGUAGAGAUUGCUUGUGUUCCAAUUAUUGGGGAUCUUAUAUCAAUAUAGAGGAAAAUGUUCUGGUAAGUGGUGCUUGGCAUUAUUUUCCUAUGUCUUGUUAUAAGAAUAAUGAAGGAGCACAAUGGAACAUUGGAUGUAUCUGCCUUCUGAGGAUUCUGUAUCCUGAAAGGUGGAAUGGACAACAGGCAAACAGAAGGAGAGAAUGAAGUGUCAGAAUGCAGAGGGCACUGAUAACUUUAGUUUUAAGCAGGGUAGGAUUAGGGGUACAAACUAGAUUAAUUUCCACAAGUACAUCCUUUAUAGCCCAGAUCAACUGGAAAGAAAAUAUAUACAAAAUUGGGAACGUGAGGUCUUUUGCUUUUAAUUUUCCCUCUUUGGGGUCUAUUUUUGUGACUUGGAUAAAAGGUCCUUUUUAUUCUCACAAAAGCCAUUGAACUUAAGCCUUCUGUCAACCUUCUCUGUGGUUCGUCUUUGUAUUUUGUGUUAUAGUCUCUGGAGUCAAUGUAGAUAAUUUUUGGUCAGUAAAAGUAGAUCUUUUUGAGAUGGUUGCUGUGUAGCCUUGAAUGUAAAUUCUAGGACUUGGGACUUAAACUUCCCUGUUUUGAAGUUACCUGUAGUAGAGUUACUCAGAUCAUGGUGGUCACAGAGGAGGCAGAAAGGCAGUACACAGAUUAAGUGGUCUCAACAUUUCUUUAAUACUUAAUCUAAGAGCCAAGGAUUUAUCUAGGGAUAUUUAUAGAUUUAGCUGAAAAUAUGUAAUGUAUUUCCUGAGUGUGAGUACAUUGAUAUUAAAGUUUAC